AUGGCUUUGUAUUUUCGCCCUCCCAUGCUUUCGUACAGUAAGAAGCAGCCAGUGCUCUUUAGCUUUUCUUCCACGCCAACAUUUCUAAUUCUUCAAGGAAGUAUUACAAGAUUCCAUCCCAUAAGCUGCCUCUCACCAGCUAAUACAAAAACUUCUCCUGCUCGUCGCACAGCAAAUUUUCAGCCAACCAUUUGGGAUGAUAACUACAUCCAAUCGCUUCUAGUUCAUUUCAUGGAGGAGAAGUAUAUACAUCAAAGAGAUAAAUUGAAGGAGGAAGUCAGGUGUUUGAUUGGCCAACAACAUGGACUUGUUAAACAGCUUGAACUUGUGGAUGCCCUACGACAGUUAGGAAUUGAUUAUCAUUUUGAUUCAGAGAUCAUGAAUUUGUUGAGUUGUAUUUGUUCAUCAACGGAAAAUAUAAAUAACUUGAUAAAGAAUAACAAUCUUUAUGGCUCUGCAUUGCUCUUUAGGCUUCUAAGGGAGCAUGGCAUCAAUAAUGGUGCAAUACUAAGAGUUGAUACUCUGAUGAGUUGCUUCAAAAAAGUGAGAGAAAGCUUCAAUCCCAAUCAUCAAUAUGACGUUAAGGAAUUGCUUAGUUUGUAUGAGGCUUCCUACCUUGCUAUGGAAGGAGAGGAAGAGUUGGAUGAGGCAGGAAAGUUUGCUAUGGAGCAUUUAAGACGUCUUGAUAGAUCUUUACUAAGUCCACAACUUAUUGAAGAAAUAGAUCAUGCCUUGGAGCUACCCUUGCAUUGGAGGAUGCCAAGGCUGCAUAGUAGGUGGUUCAUUGAUGCUUAUGGGAAACAAGAAAAUGUUAAUCCCAUAUUGCUUGAUUUGGCCAAACUAGAUUUCAACAUAGUACAGAGCAUUUAUAUGACAGAGCUUAAGGAAAUUUCCAAUUGGUGGAGAAAUCUUGGUGUUCUUUGUGAUGAGCUUGAUUUUAUAAGAGACAGACUAGUGGAGAACCAUUUAUGGGCUUUAGGAUUUACAUUUCAACCUAAAUUUUGGAGAAGCAGGAAAGCAAUCACCAAGAUUAAUUCUUUGGUAACAACAAUUGAUGAUGUUUAUGAUGUUUAUGGCACUCUAGAUGAACUAGAGAUCUUUACAAAUGCCGUUGAAGAUUGGAAAAUGGAUGCAGCUCAACAACUUCCAAAUUGUAUGAAGAUAUGCUUGAUGGCACUUUUCAAUACAAUGAAUGAUAUUGCAUACUCGUUUUUAAAGGAAAAAGGAUUGGAUAUUCUUCCAUGCCUAAAAAGAGUGUGGGUCGAUUUAUGCAAAGCAUACUUAAUUGAAGCAAGGUGGUAUCAUAAUAGAUACACUCCAACAUUGGACGAGUACUUGGAGAAUGCUUGGGUAACAAUAUCCGGAAUUUGUGAACUAUCAGCAUCAUAUUGUCUAAGUGAUGACUUGAAUGUUGAAGCUCUUGAUAGUAUAAACUUUUAUCCACCCAUCGUUCAACAUUCAUGUAUGAUUUUUCGACUCUACAAUGAUUUGGGAACUGACAUGGCAGAGAUCCAAAGAGGAGACGUUUUAAAAUCAAUUCAAUGCUAUAUGAAUGAGAAAAAUGUUUCAGACUCAGCUGCUCGAGACAAUAUAAGAUGUUUAAUAAGAAAUUAUUGGAAAAAAUUGAAUGGAGAAUAUAUGACAUUUUCAACAUCUAUAGAAUCUUUUAGAAAAGCUUUAGUAGAUGUUCCACGAACAGCACAAAGCUUCUAUCACUAUGGAGAUGGAUAUGGAGAGCCUGGUGGUAAAACCAAGGAUAAAAUUUUCUUAACGAUGAUUGAACCAAUUCCACUUUAA